CUUCAUUGAGAGCAGCCGCCGUUACCUUCCUCCUCCGCUCUUCCACUUCCACCAGCGGCUCUUCUCCGAGCUCAGCAACCAAGUCCGCGCGAGCGGAGAGGCGACGAACGCGGCGGAAUCGCAGGUGUGUCGGCGCUUCGGAAACCGGGGAGCUUCACUGGAGCGUGCGAGUGGAGGAGGCGAUUCGCGCCGCAGGGAAAUCGCAGUCUGUUUGGUGUAGUUGCGGUAGGGCGGACGGAGCCACGGUGAAGCGAUGGGCUCAGUGGGACGGACGAGGGUGGGGAAAUAUGAGCUCGGGCGGACGCUGGGCGAGGGCACCUUCGCAAAGGUCAAGUUCGCCAAGGACGUGGAGACCGGUGAGAGCGUGGCCAUCAAGAUUUUCGAAAAAGAUAAGAUCUUGCGGCAUAAGAUGGUCGGCCAGAUAAAACGAGAAAUCUCGACUAUGAAACUGAUUAGACAUCCGAAUGUUAUACGGAUGUACGAGGUCAUAGCCAGCAAGACGAAGAUAUACUUGGUUUUAGAAUUUGUAGAUGGUGGCGAACUCUUUGACAAAAUUGCUCGGAACGGAAAAUUAAAGGAAGAUGAAGCUAGAAAGUACUUUCAACAAUUGAUCAAUGCCGUGGAUUACUGUCAUAGUAGAGGCGUCUUCCACCGUGAUCUCAAGCCUGAGAAUCUGUUGCUGGAUGCUACUGGUGUUCUUAAGAUUUCAGAUUUCGGACUUAGUGCACUACCUCAGCAAGUUCGUGAAGAUGGCAUGCUUUACACUACAUGUGGUACUCCGAACUAUGUUGCUCCUGAGGUGAUCAAGGACAAAGGUUAUGAUGGGGCUAAAGCAGAUAUAUGGUCAUGUGGCGUGAUUCUUUUCGUCCUCAUGGCAGGUUAUUUGCCGUUCGAAGAAACCAAUCUAGUUUCGUUAUACAAAAAGAUCUUCAAAGCAGCCUUCUCCUGUCCAAAUUGGUUCUCUACGAGUGCAAAGAAACUUAUCAAGCGAAUUUUAGAUCCUAACCCCCAAACUCGCAUCGCGAUUCCACAAAUCAUUGAGAAUGAAUGGUUUAAGAAGGGAUAUCAACCACCUCAGUUUGAGACGGCAGAUGUCAAUCCAGUUGAUGUGGAUGCGAUCUUCGACGAGUCAGAGGAAGCAACAAAUCUUGUGGUUGAGCGACGCAAGGAAAAGCCAGACGCAAUGAAUGCUUUUGAUCUCAUCUCGACAUCUCAGGGCCUCAAUCUUGGUACCCUUUUCGAGAAGCAAAUGGGUCUGGUCAAGAGGGAAACAAGGUUUACCUCAAAACUUCCUGCGAAUGAGAUACUUUCGAAAAUCGAAGAAGCCUGUAAACCUAUGGGUUUCGAUGUGAAAAAACAGAAUUACAAGCUGAAGUUGCAAGGAGAAAAAUCAGGAAGGAAAGGCCAUCUAGCCAUUGCAACUGAGGUUUUCGAAGUGGCACCGUCGUUGCACGUCGUCGAACUCCGCAAGGCCAAAGGCGAUACGCUUGAAUUUUACAAGUUCUUCAAGAGUCUCUCGACGGGGCUGAAGGAUAUCAUGUGGAAGCCACUGGAGGGAACCAGUGAAUCUGAUAAGUCCGGAAGAGAAGAUUAGAGAUCGCAAGAUUUGGUCUGCAGUUACAGUAUCAACGGCAAAAUGAAGCGUGAAUCCUUUUUCUUUUUGUUUUUCCUUUCCUUUGAUCUGUUGGUUAAUAAGAGUCUGAACUUCUUGCAACGUGAAUAAGACUAUCAUAAAUUUAAUCGUGUUAA